AAACAAUUGUGAGCACAGAUUUAUCAUCGCAUAGUAAUGCUUAAAAUGGAUGGUGACGAAAAGUAAAUUUAAUAAAUAGUGGUUUGUUUUUAAAUCUAUAUAAUUGUAAGUUGACCGUUGGCGAUGUCGUUCAUAACAAAAAGAGAAAGAGUAUUCAAUGAAUGUGAUCUAUACGAUUUACCAUCGAGGAAUGAGGGGAAGAUAAAGGCAUAUGCGUCGUGCACUGACGCAAGAGCAUGGUCACAUUUCUGUUCCGAUAAAACUGAACAUCUGGUAGAAAUUAUAAAGAGAAACAAUGAAACCUGUAGACCCAAGUAUAUUCCGACUGAUGUUAUCGUAAACACUUUGAUGGGGGCAAAGAAUGCAGAAAUUAGUCGCCUCAAACGUAAGAUUGGUGAAUUUGAACAAAUGAUAGCUGCUUACGACCAGCUAGAGCUUACAUGUGAUCAGAAAUGUGAUAUAGCAAAUGCUCAUGCUGCAAUUAGAGCUGCGAAUAAAGAGCUCGACGAAAUGUGCUUGGAUCUGGACUUAUCUGGAUUUACGGAGGGUAUUGAUUCAGAAGCAUUUGAGACGGCUAAAUCGAGAGGUGACGAUAUCACGAGAUCGAUCGGUGAUGAGACUGGUAAAUCAAAAGGAGACGAGUGGACGCUCAUAAAACCGCGAUCAACGAAGAAGGAAUCAAAGAGCAAUCAAGUUGGUGAAGGAGCAAUAUUAUCAUGCCCUUGCGAUGCCAGUACAUCUGCCUACGAUACGAGGAUAGAUGACAUGCAAGAAACAAUUAUUAGAAAAGAUGCCAAAUUGAAUGCUAUGCAAAAUAGAAUUGCAGUAAUGGAAAACGAUGUGUGUGAACCGUAUUGCAUAUAUGUUCAUAUAUACACUGCAUUGGAAAAAAUAUUUGGCACACUUUGCCAAAAUGGAAAGUACAAACAGUAUUUAAACUUAUUGACGGCUGGAAAAGAUACCCGCUGUUUAGAUAUAAAAGGGAAAAUUCUUUUUCAAAUGAAAGUUUUAGAAAAGUUUUGUCUUGCUCUGAUCGCACCGUGCUCUCAAGAAUUUAGCGAACACACAUCAACACACGAUUGUUCCUGUUACCGCGCUGAAAUAAUUGCCCAUGUAGAACCCGCAUUGGCUAUUACUUCAACCGAGUCGAACAAAAAUCACUUAGAUGAUAGAAGAGCUCAGUUAGUAGCUGAUAUCAUUGAUAACGAAGAAAUGAAAGAAAUCUUAAGUAAAGAUAGUAUAUUAGCUAAGAAUGAACAACGUGAUGAAAAUUACGGAUUCGAUAGCUGCAGUAUAGAUACAGAGAGUUUAAACAGGUUAAAAAAUUUACAGGCAAAUUAUGAUGAAUUAUUAACUUGUUACGAUAAUCUAAAACAUGAAAAAGAUUGUCUAUUUUUACGAUGCCAAAAAUAUAAUGACCUAGAAAAAGAAUGUGAAUGUAUGCAAAAUCGCUUGAGAGAAUACAAACAACUUUGGACUGAAAAAGAAUAUUAUCGAAAACGAUCAGAAAAUCUAGAUACAUUAAAAGAAUCAUACUAUGUUUUAUCUGAAGAAACAACGAAUUUAGAAACGAAACUUAAAGCAGAAACGGAAAUAAAUAAAAUAAAGUGUAAUAACAUUACACGCUUACAAAGCGAAAAUGUUGCUUUAGAAAAGAAACUGCAGGAAUUAAAUUUAGCAUUUGAAACUGAAAAAAAUUCUUUAAUCUGUAAAUUAAAGGAAUAUGAAUGUAAUGUAAUGUGUCAAGAUCAACAAAUUAAAACCUUGUCUCGACAGAUAGAUAAAUUUCUUGAACAAGGCCAUGAAGAAAUGCAAUCAGAUGAGGCAGCGAGAUCGGUUGAAUUGUUGAAUGAAAUUGAAUCACAAAAAGAACAAAUAAGAAAUUUAAGACAAGCAUUAUUAUGCAAUGAAGAAGAAAAAGAGUUGCUGCAGGAAGACUUUCAAACUAAACUCCAAUUAAUAAAUGAAUUGAAAAUUGAAAUAGAAAAUUUAAAGGAUAAAUCAGAAAAACUUCUUCAAACUAACAUAUAUCUGGAAGAAUUUACAAGAGAUUAUCAAAGAGAAAUACAACAGCUUCGAAAUCAAAAUACAAUGUUAGUCCAAGAAAUAGAGAAUAAAAAAUCUAGUGUUGAAAAUUUGAAGGAAAUAGUUGAUUCAAAAUCACAUGAAAUUAAUAACUUAACAAACAUUGUAGAGAGUAAGAGUAGCAAAAAUUUAGAACUUUUACAACAAUUAAAUGAUAACGAAGAAAAGUACAACAAAGAGUUAUCUUGGAUUAAUCAUGAAAAUGAAAUAGCAAUUGAUUCCCUUAAAUCUGCACAACGUGAAAGUUAUGAAGUCUUAGCUGCAUUUAGAAGCUAUAUACAAAAAAAUGAACCUACGCAAUCAGAAAGUUUACCUAAAGAGCAGAAAAAUAUAAAUAAUGACGAAGAUGGUGGUGAUAGUUUAAAUAGUAAAAGUUCUGUUCUACUACAUGAGAUUAAAAAAUUCCAUGAAGUAAGCAUACAUAGUUUACAUUCUUUACUCGAUGAAAAUAUUCGAAACAAAGAAUCCCUAGACAUUUCCAGAAAAGAGAGUAAAAUAUUGGCGAAAAAAGUACAGGAUAUUGAGGAACUUCGCGAAAAAUUAAAUGAUCUGAAACAUUCUCAUGACAAUUUAUUAAAAGAAAAGAGUACACUUCAAAAUGAACUGAAUGACAAAAAGCGAGAACUCGAGGACUUAAUAAAUUCUUUUCUACUGACAAAAAAAGAAAGUAAUGAGUUAUUAGAGCAACUAAAUAAGAAUGAAAAUAUAAAAGACGAAUUUCUAAAAUUGAAUGCGCUACAUCAAAAAUUGGGAAAUGAACGAAACGUUUUAAAAAAAGAGCUUCAAAAUAAAGAAAAAGAACUAGAAAAUUUAACAAAUGAUUUAGAUUGUUGCAGAAAAGAAAAUGCUAAAUUACUUUCAGAAAAUAAACGUAUUCGAGAUCUGGAAACUAAGCUGAUAGAAUUAGAAUCAGACUAUAGAAAUCUCAAUACAGAAAGAGAACGUUUACAAGAGAUGUUUGAUGCUAAAACAGAAGAAAUGAAUAGUUUAUAUAAUAACUUAGAAUUCAAAAUCGAAGAAAACAGGCAUUUGUUUGAUAAAAUAGACCAAUUGCAAGUUAACGAAUCGAUGGCGCAGAACAAUAUUUUAGACUUAAAGCACGAAAAUUUAAAUAUCAAAAAUAAUUUGAUGCUUGUUAAGAAGGAAAGUGCUUUAAUACUUAAGAAAGUAGAGACCGAUCUCGAUAACUUGAAACAUGCUUAUGAUACUGUUAAUAAAGAAAAACAGCGAAUUGAAAUGGAAUUUGAGGCACAACAAAAGCAUUUGCAAAAAAUUAAUGAAGAGAAUAAAAUGUUGUAUAAUCAGAAGCAAGAAUUAAUAAUGCAUUCGGAAGAUCUAGAAAACUCACUUAUUAAUGCUCGUACUGCGUUAAAAGAACAAGCAAGUUCACCCAAAGAUUAUUUCAAUAACGUGAAAGAUGAAAUAGAAGCGAUGAAAAAAGAGAAAAUACUGCAACAGAAAAAUAUAAGGGAAUUAACUGAUAGAUUAGAUGAAUCGGAUUUAAUAAUAUCAGACCUCCGAGAAGAUGUGGCUAUGCGUGACAGUAAAAUAGCCACCUUACAAAAUUAUAUAAAUGAAUUAGAAGAGGAAGUAAGGCAUCUUAAUAAUAAUAUAGCGGUUGCAGUGGAAUCCAGUGAGCAAAUAUUGGACAAUAGUCAUAAAAGAAUAGAUGAAUCUUUAAAAAUGUUAGAUGCACAUCAUUCUAAGGCAACACAUAACAUGAAAAUGGAUUUAUCAAAACUGAAAAAAGAAUAUUCUCUCUUAGAAGAUCAACUUUCCAAUACAAAAAGCCAAAUUGAAGAGGUAAAUAAAGAGAAAUACAAAUACAUGAAUGACAUAAGAGAUUUACAAGACGAAAGAGAUGUUAUGUUACAAAAUAUUAAAGAGUUAGAAUUAAUGUGUGCAGGAGAUAGCAAUUUAUCAAUCAGUAUAUGCACUAUUAAUGAUAUUUUAACUUCAUUAAAUCGAAUUCGAAAAUGUGUUGCGGUUAGACGUUCUAAAAGUACUUCGCUUGAACAAACAUUGCUGACAGUUCAGAAUUCAUCUCGUUUACUUUUAAGUAAAGCAGAUGAAGCCAAAAAAAUUGCUGAGAACGAAAAACAAAAGAUAGCAGCCGAAAAAGAGGAAGCAGUUCGAGAGAGACUUGUAAUGGAGAAACAACUGGCUAUAUUUGAAACAAAAUUGGAAGAUCAAAUAGCUAAAGAUCAAGAGCUAAUAAAUAAUUUGGAAGCGAAACUUUUAAAUCAAAAACUAAUGUUUGAAAAAAUUAGCGAAUCGUCACAAAUUUAUAUCAGAAAAUUAGAAACCGAAAUAAUAAACCUUCAAGACUUAUACAAUAAUUCACUCUCAAAAAUAGGUGAACUACAAGAAAAGACUUUCUCCGUUUCUGAAGAAAAUAAUAAAAAGAUAGAAGAAAUAGAAAAAGUCACCAAAAAUUUAGAAAUAAAAUCAAAAGAAAUAUCUCAGCUCAGAAAAUUUAUUGAAGAUCUGAAAAACAAACCAAUGGAAUGUAUUGAUACACAAACUGACAAAUUUGUAUCUACGGUGGAUGUUUCAUGUCAAACUGACUUCAAUACAAUAAAUGAAAAUGAUACACGUAAUAAUUUUACUAAAAGUAAUGAAAAUUUGAAUAUCGUGAAAGACAAUGUUGAAAAACUUACAAAUGAAGUUACACAAGUUGAUAAAUUCGUAAAAAAAGAUGAGUACAUUAGUUUAGAUUUUAUAAAACAUGUUUAUUUGAAUUACAAAAUCAAAAAAUUGAGCCCGACUAUAUUAGAGCAAUGUUCUAUAUCAUGUACUAAUAUUGAAGAAAGAAAAAAUAAAGGGAGUAUUUCUGAACUUGGAACAUCUGAUGCUAUAAUAUCUGAAGAAAAGAAAAAUGAUGUUAAUGAUAUUCGACAUCAUCACAAAAUAAUAGAUAUCUACAACACGCAUUCAAUUUUUACCCAUAAUACGGAAUUAAGCAGUAAAAGUCCGGACAUGGGUUCUACUUUCGAACUGACUAACGAGAUAUUUGAGAAUGAAAAUAGCCGCAAAGAUGGUAAAAAAUUAAACAAAACUGAUAGUUCUGGGCAAGUUACAGAUAAUGAUUUAUUUCUCAUUUAUAAGGAUAGCGAUGUAAAUCAAUCUGAUUUUGAUAAAAAAUCGUGGCCUAAUCAAAUGCAAUCAAAAGUGGUUGUGGAGGCUGCUACGGUUGAUCACACGAUAGAUUAUGCUGAUGCAAAGAUGAAGACUUUCCAUCAAAGUAACGAACUGACAACUUAUAACCCAGAAGUCCAUAGCAAUCAAGAUGAUGAUAGCGUUAAACCUAAACUGACUCUCAGUUUACCGAGAGUCUAUACCGAUAGCUUAUCAAAAGCAACAAAUUCAGAGAGUGAUAAAAAAUCAAUGUCUUUAGAUUCGUAUACAGGAGCUAUUUAUGCAUCAGAAAAAUAUACACAAUCUGAUUUGGAUCUAAAUGCUUCGUAUUCUAGUAAAAAUAAAAAAGUUUCACGAGGACCGCUUGAAAAUAGGGACCGAACGGAAUAUUAUAAUGACGAUACAAAUCAAAUUAUUGACAGUGUAUCAAUAAAGCCCGAAACACUCGAGGAAUAUAGAAAACAAAAUCAAAAACAAAUAUCAUCACAUAAAAAACAUAAGUCAAAAUUAAACUUAUACAUGGAUGAACCUGAAGACGGUGUUAAUGAAGUUGAGGAUUCUGAAAAAUAUAAUAGGCCAAAUAAUAUGUCUAAGAAUCGAAAUACAAAUCUAAACAAUAACAAAAAAACUAACAAGAAAAGUUCAAACUAUGGUUUAAAAUAUAUUUUAGAAUCCGUGCAGCAAGGCGUCAAUGUUAAUAAUUUUAAAAUUAAAAGUAGGAGUAUGCGGAGAAGUCAAAGUGAUGAUAAUUUCUUCUUUACUAAAAAUUAUGUCAGUGAGCGCAGUGGAUCUAGGUCACUAAGUCCGUUGUUGAGAUCAUUUACAGACAAUAGAACUACUUCAAAAGAUGUUAGUAAAACCAGUAAAAACGAUCCAUCUAGUUUUUCAAUAGAACAGGGUGUGCUAGCAAAGUUAGAUAACAUUCAAGAAUAUGAGAGUAAAAUAAAAGAACUCACAACCACUUUAGAUAAUAUUGAAAGGCAUUAUAAAAUGAAAAUUGAAGCAGUAAAAGCACAAUAUGACAACAAUAUAAAGAACAUUAUUAAUGAACAUAAUCAAGGUGUCGUUAGUAUACAGAGCUUACAUGAAGAGACACUUAACGACGUUAUAAGGAGUCACGAAAGUGAGGUUGAAAACUUAAGAUCUAUGAGCAUCGAAGCAAUGCGCAAAGUGGAAUUACUUGAGAAAGAAAACACAAUAUACAAACUGAAACUUCAUGAGCAACAUCUGAAUGAUAACAUUGAGGAACCCGUAAAAAUGCCUUCCCCUGAAAUGAGAAAACGUAAACAUAGAAGAAGCGAUACAAGACUGUUAACGAAAACAAAUAUAGAAGCGUUCAACGUUAGGCCGAAACCUCGGUCUCAUGGACCUUGUACAUGUUCUUUAGAUUCUAAUAUUUCGGAUACAAUUCGAAAUAUUUUCGAACAAGUAGACGUAGACCAACGACGUAUGGCUGAACAUGCAUACAUUAAAUAUAUAGCAAAUAAAAUAAUAAAUAAUAAUGUAGAGGGUUUGGACGCACAAGAAUUAGCAUUCCUCCAUUUAAAAGUAUGUCGCACGUGGAAAACUAUGCUAAGUAAGGAAGAAGUGCUGCAAAAACGUAUAGUUUCUUUGGAAAGCGAAUUAAUAAAUAAACAGCGUCAAACACAAAAACACAUAGCAGAGCUGGACCGUAAAGUGGCUGAGGAAAGGCGGCGUCUACAAGAAGUACGUGAAGCGGUAUGCAGGAACACCCCGGCCAACUCCCGUGAGAGUAGCCCUCAGUCGCAUCUGCCUGUUCCAGAAAAAGAUGUGUACGUAUCAAAACUGCAAACACAACACCUAACCCUACGUUCGCGUGUCACGGUUUUUUCUACCGAAUCGGUUUUUUGGAGGAUUCUGUUUAGUGGUUCCAGUAUUUCAAUGAAAGAGUUCACACAUGCAUUUCAAGAUACGGCAAAAAAAAGCGAAUCUUGCUUAAGAUCCGAUUUUGCGACCGAUCCGGCCGUACAGCAAAAUUUCAGAUCCGGUGCAGUGGUACUCUACGUUCACACGGAGACACGAUUUGGAAAAACCGAAUGUUGUAUUCACACGGCACAUCUUGAAUAAUUAUUGCCGCAAUGCUGUGUGUUGCUUAACAAAUAUUUACCAUAAAUAUGAGGCGUAUUGCUAAAUUUUAU